AGCGAAACCGGUCAUCUGUCUUCUGCUUUGUUCACUCGGCUCACGAGAUAAUCUUCUCUCUUUCUUCACUCUUCCUCUUGUCGUGAUUCUGCAAAUAAUUUCGCAAAUUAUUAAUUUUCACACAUUCCAGUGUCACCCAUGGAGGACCACGGGAAGACGGAAACUUGCGCAGAUUCAGAGGUGAUAUCGAGCUCGAUAAGCCUGAAGACGUUGGGAGAACAAAAAGCAGGGUCAGACGAGGUCAAGGUCGAGAUGGAGGAAAACAUUGCCAAUCCGGUAAAGUUGGAGGAGGAAAUUAGUUUCGAUAUGACAGACGAGACAGCGAUGUCCCAAUUGCUGGUAGAUAACCAGGAAAAUAUUGUUCCUCCAGACGGUGCAGUUACCCCCCGGAUUAAGAGAGUGGACAAGAGAAAUCUCCGUUUUUUAGUUGAAGCAGAUGAAACUGAGGAAAACGCUAGUACGGCUAAUGAGGAUCGUCGCCUCGAGUAUUUGUUGAAACGGUCAGAGUUUUAUGCCAAAGCGGUCUUUGCGGAGGGUGGUGGUGCUGGAGGAGGAGGAGGAGGAAGCAAAUCUCCUAAGGCUGGCCCAAGUUCGGCAAAAAGGUCGCGGUUAUCUGAACCAGAUAAGCCUGAAAACGAAUCAGAAGAUAGUUCCGAAGAGGAUGAUACUCCGCCCAAAAAAGUUGUAUCGAAAGCUGUCAAGGAACCGAUAAGGUUCACUACGUCGCCCCCCUUUAUUUGCAACGGAGCUAUGAGGGACUAUCAAGUCAAGGGGCUAAACUGGAUGAUUAAUCUCUACAAUAAUGGGAUUAAUGGAAUACUAGCGGAUGAAAUGGGCUUAGGAAAAACGCUGCAAACUAUCGCACUCAUUGGCUAUUUAAAAUUGGAUCUGAAUAUUUCUGGCCAUUACUUGGUGAUCGUUCCAAAAUCAACGUUAGGAAACUGGACGGCCGAGUUUGAACGUUGGUGUCCUGUGAUAAGAACUGUCUGCCUUAUCGGAACAAAGGAUGAAAGGAAUGACCUCAUCCGCAACAAACUGACCCAAAUGUCGACCUGGGACGUGCUAGUGACCUCUUACGAAAUGGUGCUGAGGGAGCGAGGAACGCUAAGAAAGAUUAAUUGGCACUACCUCGUCAUCGACGAGGCUCAUCGGAUUAAAAACGAGAAAUCUUUGUUGUCCGAGUACGUAAGGGAAUUUAAGUCCAAAAAUCGUCUCCUCUUGACGGGAACCCCGCUGCAAAAUAAUCUCCACGAGUUGUGGGCCCUGCUCAACUUUUUGUUGCCGAAAGUAUUCAAUUCGUCUGAAAAUUUUGACGACUGGUUCGAUCUCAAGAAAUGUCUCCGCGACACGUCCCUCGUCGAUCGCCUGCACGCAAUUCUCCGUCCAUUUCUCCUCCGACGAAUCAAGGCCGACGUCGAGACAGGCAUUCCGCCAAAGAACGAGCAGAACAUUUACGUUCCGCUGUCACCCCUGCAGCGCGUCUGGUACAAAAAGCUUCUCAUUGGAAACAUUGAAAUUAUCAAUUCGGCUGGAAGCGCGACGAAAAUGCGGUUGCACAAUCUUCUCAUGCAACUCAGAAAGUGUGCGAAUCAUCCGUACCUUUUCCACGGGGUGGAACCUGGUCCCCCGUACACGACGGACAGUCAUCUCGUCAAGGCGUCGGGAAAACUUGCAGUGCUGGACAAACUCUUGGCAAAAUUGAAGCAGGAGGGUUCUCGUGUCCUGUUAUUUAGUCAGUUUAAAAUCGUGCUAGAUAUUUUGGAGGAUUAUUGCGAGUGGAAAAAGUACAAGUUCCACCGGCUGGACGGAAGUACGGACCAUGAAGAUCGUAUAGACACGAUUAAAGAGUUUAAUUCUGGGGGAAGUUCCACGUUCAUUUUCAUGCUGACCACGCGAGCAGGUGGUCUCGGGAUCAACUUGGCGUCGGCGGAUGUCGUAAUUUUAUUCGAUAGCGAUUGGAACCCUCAAGCAGAUAUUCAAGCUAUUGAUCGUGCUCAUCGAAUCGGACAGACCAAAACGGUCCGAGUUUUUCGACUCAUCACGGAGAACACCGUGGAAGAAAAGAUGAUUGAGAGGGCCUCGAUUAAGAGAAGAUUAGACAAGAUGGUCAUCCAACAAGGUCGUCUCGUCAACGCCAACACUGGUCCCAGUGCGGCAGGAAUGUUGGAAAUGGUUCGAUUCGGAUCAAAAAUUAUUUUGUCCAGUAUGGACGAUGACGUCGUGGAUGAAACGAUCGAGACAAUUUUGGACCGAAGCAAGUUGAAGAAUGACGAAUUAGAUGAAAGACUUGAUUCAGGUAUGGACUCGAAGGGGCUCGACGGGCUCAAGCUGGGGGGAGAAAGUGACGAAGAGGAGGAUUAUAUUAUGAAUUUUGAUGGGGAAAAUUACAGGCCAAAACCACUCUACAAGAAAGCCGAGCUGGCCAUUAUCAUGGAAAGUGUUGCCCCCCGAAGUGAAAAAAGAGUAUCGAAGCGUGUCAACUACGAAACCGAAAAGACGCCAAAGACGCCGAAGCCGCUUACGGCAAAGGAACGCCUCGGUCUCCCUCCGUCGCUCCCAAUCUGGAGAGAUUUUCAAUUCCGUCCCCUCCGUCUUCGAGAGCUGAUGGAACGCGAAACUUUGCACUACCGAAAGACGCAGAAUUACAUGGUACAAGUUGUCGAUGAUGAAACUUUGAGUCCUAGCGGGGCUGACAGAAGGCGCAGAGCAGAACACCGGAAAAUUGAACAGGCAGAACCUCUCUCUCCCAGCGAGAAGGAAGAGAUGGACGCUCUCCUGGAACGGAAGAGUCACUCCGAGAAGACGCAUGAGAGGACUGGAUUCUGUUCAUGGGCGAAGGGAGAGUACAAAGCGUUUGUCAAAGCAGUUCGUGCCCUCGGUCGGAGCGACAUGGCCCGCGUUGCUCACUUUGUACCGCGCAAAUCCCUCGAAGAAGUGACCGAGUAUGCGGAAGUAUUUUCGAAACGGUAUUCCGAGCUGGAAGACGGGGACCAGAUCAUGGCGGAUAUUCUCAAAGCGGAAUCAUACUCGGAACAGGAAGGCGAUGUUGCCGUCGGAUCAUUGGAUGAUGAAGAUGUCAAUGACGAUAAGGAAAUUUAGGGUGUGAUUUACUGAUUACUGAUUGGAGAACAACUUUAUUAUUUUUUUUCCUGGUGCUAUGUAUCUUACCUCCGUAACAACUUGUUUAAAUUUUGUGGUUUUUAUUGUUACCAUUGUUUUUAUAAAUUAGUUAUUCUACUACAAGAUUUUAUAUGUCAAAAUUUCGAGUAUAAAUUAGUUCGCACGUAUUCAUCAAUCAACUCACUUUAAUGAGGAUGCUCAAAAUAUGCCAAGAAAAUUUAGUUUUUCUUUGUAGUUUAAGUCGAUCUAUAAAAAUUUUUGUCAAGAACUACAUUACCUAAGAACAAAAGAUGUGAUUUAAUUGGAGAUGAACUACGCAAAAUUUUGAUACAAAUAAAAAUUGUAAGAUUUAUCAAGCU